AGAAGGCAGAAACCGUCAACCAAGGGUGUUUCAGUAAGUUUGUCGACUCCUCCCAAUUUUCUUCUCCUAUAAGACCCAAAAAAAUCCACAUUUUUAUCCCCAAAAAAUCCCCCAAAAUAAAAUCACUUUCCCCGCCAACUGUGAUUUUGCUUCUCUCGUUUCUCUUCCCCCAAUCUCUCUCUCUCCCUCCUGGUCUCAACAAAUAGACUCGCGGAGUCUACUGAAAACCCUAAUUAUUCACUAAUUACCCCUGCACUUCCACAUUAUUACACCAUUACCACUCCAACUUAUUAUCCCUCCCCCCUCCCUUACUUCUUCCCUUGAUGCUUUUAGUUAGUCAAUUCAGAACUCACCGGUUAAUCAAUCGAUGAGAAAUUCAAAUUCAAAUCCAAGCGGUUCGGGUUCGGUUCCUAGAGGAAUCGGCCUGUCCAACAGCAUACACUCUGAAGUUGCGCCGUGUUUGCCCUUGCCUUCGCUUCCUGUUUUCUGUGGCGCUUCGGAUCCGGAGCUCCGGCUGUUCGACGGAGCUAGUGCUAGACAUAGUAAUUUCUGGUUUUUGAAUCGAAAUGAAAUUCUGUCUCAGUCUUCCAGAAUCGCUGAUCUGCUUCGUCAAACCGACGUAUCCUACCUGACACUUAGAGAUGAGAAUAGGGAAACUGCGACUGACAACGUGGAGCGGUUGGAACUUUAUGAAGAGGUUCUUCGCUGCAAUCCUGAUGCAUUUGAGUAUGUUACUCAUGGUAAACAAAGUAAGGGGCAAAUUUCUGGAAAUGCAGCAUUUGAAAGCAAGCGCAUUGAGCUAAGUGUACCUGUUUCGUAUCAAGCACAAAGAGAUUAUGAUGGAUUUCAAAAUCACCAACCAAAAUACACCCCUAAUGACAUUGCCUCAUCUCUGAGGAAACCAAAAGUCAAGAAAAAAGGCAGUGAUGACAUUUCAGCAGUGAUUCAGCCAGAUCCUGCUGAGCUUCAAGAUGCAACAAUUGGAAGCUUCUGUGAUAUGUUGGAAGACUUUUGUGGAAGAGCUGAAGUUCCUGGUGAUGAUCGGGAAGAAGCAGAGUGGUUAUCGUUGCCUGCUGCUGACCUCAGAAAGCUUGUGAAUGAAAUAACAUCGUUACGUGCAAAAAAGCUUUUAAAUUUGAUCCCCGUAGAAGUUCUUGUAAGACUCUUGAGGGUUCUGGAUCACCAAAUACAUCGAGCUGAAGGCUUAUCCAUUGAUGAAUGUGAACAUUCAGAUUCAGAAGUAGUCUCCUAUGUCUUCUGUGCGCUGGAGUCUAUUCAUGCAGCUCUAGCUGUAAUGGCGCAUAAUAACAUGCCAAAGCAGCUGUAUAAAGAAGAGAUUAUUGAAAGAAUUUUGGAGUUCUCUAAGCAUCAAAUAAUGGAUGUGAUGUCUGCAUAUGAUCCAUCAUAUCGUGCUUUGCAUAGGCCUAGUGAAAAUGGGGCACCUGAAGGUUAUGAAGACGAAGAGCCUGACCCUGACUAUGGUUCAGCUAACAAGAAACGGCGAACUGUAAAGAGUGUAAGAGUGAAGAAGUCAUCAUCAAACAGGGUCUCUGGUGCUGUGAAUACUAUACUACAAAAACUGUGCACAAUACUCGGUUUACUGAAGGAUUUGUUGUUGAUAGAGAGGUUAUCUGAUAGUUGCAUUCUACAGUUGGUGAGGACAAGCUUUACAACUUUUUUGGUGGACAAUAUCCAACUUUUGCAGAUGAAGGCUAUUGGGUUAAUCUGUGGGAUAUUCUAUUCAUACAUUCAGCAUCGUCCAUACAUAAUAGACGAAAUAGUUCAGCUACUCUGGAAGUUACCAUCCUCAAAGCGAGCACUAAGAGCCUAUCACCUGCCUGAUGAAGAACAGAGGCAGAUUCAGAUGGUCACUGCUUUACUGAUUCAGUUGGUUCAGAGCAGUGCAAACCUUCCUGAUGCUUUGAGGCAAGCAUCGAGUGGUAAUUCCAUCUUAGAAGUCUCUUUGGAUGCUAGUUAUCCUAUCAAGUCCCAUGAAGCAGCCACAGAGACCUGCUGUCUUUUCUGGACCCGAGUUCUCCAGCGCUUCACAACUGUCAAGAAUCAAGAUGCUUCUGAAAUGAAAGUGAUGAUGGAGAAUCUUGUUACAGAUCUACUAACAACUCUCAAUUUACCAGAAUACCCUUCUUCGUCUCCCAUUCUGGAGGUUCUUUGUGUCUUACUACUUCAGAAUGCUGGACUGAAAUCCAAGGACGUCUCUGCACGUUCCAUGGCCAUUGAUUUUCUGGGCACCAUUGCAGCAAGGCUAAAGCAGGAUGCACUUAUUUGUAGUGGGAACAAAUUUUGGAUAUUGCAGGAACUGAGUUGUGGGGAUGAUGUGGAUCUGAGUUUCCCAAAAGAUGCAUGCUGUGUUUGCUUAGAUGGAAGGGUGGAGAACAGGUUGUUUAUGUGUCCGGGUUGUCACAGAUUGUUUCAUGCUGAUUGCAUGGGAGUGAGAGAACAUGAAGCUCCUAAUCGAAGCUGGCACUGUAUGAUUUGCCUCUGCAAGAAUCAACUUCUUGUGUUACAAUCUUACAGCGAUUCACAUUACAAGGAUGAGGAGAAAAAGGAUAAUAUCCGGUCGAAGAAGAACAAUUUGGAUGCUUCAGAUACAGUAACAAAAGCUGAAAUUGUUCAACAAAUGCUUUUAAAUUACCUCCAAGAUGUUGUAUCUGCUGAUGAUGCAUACCUCUUUGUUCGCUGGUUUUAUUUGUGCUUGUGGUACAAGGAUGACCCGAAAUCUAAACAAAAGUUUAUGUACCAUCUCACUAGACUGAAAUCAAACCUUAUCGUGCGUGAUUCUGGGACUGCAUUUUCAUUGUUGACGAGGGAUUCUGUUAAGAAGAUUGCUUUAGCACUGGGACAAAAUAGUUCUUUUUGUAGAGGGUUCGAUAAGAUUCUUCAUAUGCUUUUGGCAAGUUUGAGGGAGAAUUCUCCUGUAAUUAGGGCCAAGGCAUUACGAGCAGUCAGUAUUAUUGUAGAAGCUGAUCCUGAUGUAUUACGUGACAAGCGAGUACAAUUGGCUGUUGAAGGAAGAUUUUGUGAUUCAGCAAUAUCUGUGAGAGAAGCUGCAUUGGAACUUGUUGGUAGGCAUAUUGCUUCACACCCUGAUGUUGGUCUGCAGUAUUUUGAGAAGGUUGCUGAAAGGAUAAAAGACACUGGAGUGAGUGUGAGAAAACGAGCUAUCAAAAUCAUCAGAGACAUGUGCAUUUCAAAUCCAAACUUCACUCAAUUUACAACUGCAUGUAUUGAGAUCAUAUCCCGUGUCAGUGAUGACGAAUCCAGUAUUCAGGAUCUUGUCUGCAAAACAUUUUAUGAGUUUUGGUUCGAGGAACCUUCUGGAUCGCGAACACAAUUUUUUGGAGAUGGCAGUUCUGUGCCACUGGAGGUGGCUAAGAAGACUGAGCAAAUUGUUGAGAUGUUGAGGAGGAUGCCAAGUCAUCAGCUUCUUGUCACAGUCAUCAAGCGCAAUCUAGCACUUGACUUUUUCCCUCAAUCAGCUAAAGCUGUUGGGAUCAACCCUGUGUCCCUUGCAUCAGUGCGCAAGCGCUGUGAGUUGAUGUGCAAGUGCUUACUGGAAAGAAUACUGCAGGUAGAGGAAAUGAAUAGCGAUGAAGUGGAGCUCUGCACACUUCCUUAUGUGCUUGCAUUGCAUGCAUUUUGUGUUGUUGAUCCAACGCUUUGUGCACCUGCUUCUGAUCCCUCCCAGUUUGUUGUUACUCUUCAGCCAUAUCUCAAGAGUCAGGUUGAUAACCGAGCUAUUGCACAAUUAUUGGAGAGUAUAAUCUUUAUAAUUGAUUCUGUUCUUCCCUUAAUCCGAAAGCUGCCUCAGAGUGUUGUUGAAGAACUAGAGCAAGAUCUGAAGCAAAUGAUUGUUCGACAUUCGUUUUUGACAGUGGUCCAUGCUUGCAUCAAGUGUCUUUGUUCUUUGAGUAAAGUAGCAGCAAAGGGUGCUAGUGUAGUUGAGUAUCUUAUUCAGGUUUUUUUCAAACGUUUGGAUGCUCAAGGAAUCGAUAACAAGCAGCUAGCAGGCCGCUCUUUGUUCUGUCUUGGAUUGCUUAUUCGCUAUGGAAACUCUUUGCUGAGUAUCUCCAACAACAAAAAUAUUGAUGUUGCGAGCAGUCUCAGUUUGUUUAAAAAGCAUCUCCUUAUGGAGGAUUUCAGUAUAAAAGUCAGGUCUUUGCAGGCAUUAGGAUUUGUUCUUAUUGCUAGGCCUGAGUUUAUGCUGGAAAAGGACAUUGGGAAAAUAUUGGAGGCAACUUUAUCUUCUGGUUCUCAUGUUCGUCUUAAGAUGCAAGCUUUGCAAAAUGUGCAUGAAUAUCUUCUGGAUGCUGAAAGCCAAAUGGACACAGAUAAGACUAAUAGUGUAGCUCAUCAUCCUGUAGAAGGGAGCAACAGUGUACCUGUUGCUGCUGGUGCAGGUGAUACUAACAUCUGUGGUGGUAUAGUCCAGCUGUAUUGGGAUCAUAUUUUGGGAAGGUGCUUGGACUUCAAUGAACAAGUUCGCCAGACUGCUCUUAAGAUUGUGGAAGUAGUACUACGCCAGGGUCUGGUCCAUCCUAUAACCUGUGUUCCAUAUCUAAUAGCAUUGGAAACGGAUCCUCAAGAGUUAAACUCAAAGUUAGCCCACCAUUUGCUGAUGAAUAUGAAUGAGAAGUAUCCUGCUUUUUUUGAAAGCCGAUUGGGUGAUGGCCUUCAGCUGUCAUUUAUAUUCAUGAAAUCUGUUGUUAAUAUUUCUCCUGAAAUUCCAAACCAAAAACUCCAAUCUAAGACUGCUGGAAAUCUCAAGGGAAAACCUGAAGGUGGUUCCCUAUCUCAAGCAAGGCUUGGGGUUUCUCGGAUAUACAAGCUUAUUCGUGGAAACCGAGUUUCACGGAACAAAUUUAUGUCCUCAAUUGUGCGAAAAUUUGACAAUCCAAGCCGGAGUGAUUCAGUGAUUCCUUUUUUAGUGUACUGCACGGAAAUGCUUGCUUUGCUGCCAUUUACUUUACCUGAUGAACCUCUGUAUUUGAUUUAUGUUAUAAAUCGAGUUAUUCAAGUAAGAGCAGGGGCACUUGAAGCAAAUAUGAAGGGACUAAUCUUACAUUUUUCCCAAAGAAAUGCUCGAAUGGUUAAUGAAAAUGGGUUCAUUCAAAGGGAACUUGCGGAGCCUGUUUCCCAUCACAUGGACAUGAAUGGUACAAUUCAACCAAAGCCAGAUGGUCAGCCUGAUCACAGUCCUUUGAGAUCAUUUGAUCUGAACGGAACAGUUCAAGAACAGCCUGCUGAUCAUGCAGUUCUAAACUCUAGUGUCUCAAGAUAUCCAAAGAUGGAGCGUGUGAGCUCUGGUGAGUCCGUAGGCAUCUCCAAAGAUGAUGUGGAGAAAAUCCAGGUUGACUGCCUCGCAGCAACUGCUUUGGAGCUUCUUUUGAAGCUCAAGAGACACCUGAAAAUUGUGUAUGGCCUUAAUGAUGCUCGGUGCCAGGCUUUUUCUCCCACUGAACCCCCAAAGCCAGGAGAGGCUUUCUCAAGGCAGAACAUUCCUUUUGACAUGAGUCAAACAGGCACCAGUUUGCCGUCUACCUAUCAAGAUUUGGUUCAGAGAUAUCAGGAAUUCAAGGGAGCCUUAAAGGAAGAUACUGUUGAUUACUCCACGUACACAGCGAAUAUCAAGAGGAAACGACCUGCCCCAAGAAAGGUGAAAUCUGGACGUGUGAUGGGAGACGACGAGGAUGACGAUGAGGAUGAAGACUGGGCGUCCGGGGGUCGGAGGCUGGGCAGCGGAAGGAAAGGCAACAGCAGUAGAAGUAGGCACCGGCAAUAGUUUUGUGAAUAUGAAACAGGGUAGGCUAACGAAUGUACAUUAUGUAGGACAAAGGAAAUAGCAAUAGGAUAGAAUGACAGCAAAAGAAUAGAAUUCUGGAAACAGAAGAAAGCAAACAUGAAGGGUCUUCAUGCGAGGACUCUGGCAGUGAGGCACUUCUCCUCUAGCUAUCUCCAUUUUGUAAUUUGCUUGCCAAUUGGCCACAACUUCAUUCGUUGCUUUCUGUGAAAUUCAAGAAUCCUGCAUUGGUUUCCCAGAAAUCGUGGGCUGUUUUAACUCUUUGAAGAAGCUCUUUCCAAGUGUGAGAAAUCGAGAGCAAAACAUCAGCAAGAUAGAAAGUGUACAUCCAUUUUUCAGGCUUUUCAUGUAAAGAAAUCAUUUUAUUGCCUCCUA